GGGACGUACGCGACUGCAGGAAAAUAGCGCAAUAAACUUAUACAGUAAUGUGGUCGUCGGAUUAACUGUGGUGUCCCGGCUCUCCAUGCUGUUUGGCAGAUAAACAGCAUCCUGUUUGAUUGGAAAAACUACACGUUGAGCUACGGAUCUCUUCUUCUCCUUACUUGAAAUGUCCCCGUACACCCAUGUGAGUAUGAGUGUAUUCAUGAGGACCCCCUUUUUCCUACCCCGCCUGCUGGUGGAUUCAACUGAAAGCGGAUGGAGCUCACAUGUGGAUGUCUGGCUGUAUUUCCCAGGAUUAAAGGUGUGCCAGAAACUCAUCCAACGAGGAAAUAAAUUUCACGAACUUGUCGCCUCGAACUUUAUCUUUGGCAAUAUCGUUCAGGCACCGGGAAAACACCUUGUCGGUGCACGAUGAUUUGAAUUGCUUUAAAUAAUUUAUGACAGGCACGACGAAGCGAUGAGCGGUUUCGAGUAGGUCCUUUUGAUCGAGAAUCAGUUUAAGAUAUUGACAUCCGCCAUCACACCAGUAUCGAAGUCGUGAUUCGUCUGCCAAUUUACUGCGAAUAUCUUCGAAGGAAUGGAUGGAGUCCAACUCAGUCAGGAGGGAUGACAUCUCGAGGCUGAUAUCAGUCGUUUUAUUAUCCAGGUUUUUUCCAAGCAGACGAGUUGACGCCCAAUCUUGGAUUCAAUGUGUUGGAUGACAUCGUCAUAAAAUUUGUUGGAUUCAUUAUCGUCUGACUGACACUGGAGAUCCUUCCGUUGAAUCCUCUGCAUCAUCAUCCAUUUUUUUCCGUAGACAAACAGUUGGGGAAUCGCCACCGAUAUCUUAAAUUUUAUAUUUUCUCACGGAAGUCCGACGAAGCAUCUGUAGAAAAAAAAAUACUAUUACAUAGUAAGGUCAGGAAUGGCCUUGGUGCACGAGUUCGUACCAUACAAGAAAAAGUAUUAUGCUAAUACAGUGGAAGUCCUUAGGGCUAAUAAGGGAAUUUUUUUAGACGCGUCUAGUGCCCAAAUAGGAAGUAAACUACGAAUCAAACACUCCCUCGUGCGCUAAGUCCGUGUUACCGUGUGUGCUAUCAUGGGAAUGGUCGAAUGGAGGGUCGACAUUGCUAUUUGUUCACUUUGGUCACAUACUCCUCUUUAUUGUAUACCAAGGCGCUGCAGCCACUUCGGUUUCACCACUACUUACCCCAUACAGGAGUGAAGGCCAUGUAGAGCCCAGCCACACUGCGGUUGCGCAAACAGGCGCAAAGCUUCAAGGCUGUUGACGCAAAGACCAGCAGAACAUUAUAUUCAGCCACCACCACAAUAGCACCAAUUCACGAAAACAACAACAAAAUAAUUACACUCACCAGAUCAACAAAGUUCUGCUCAGAGUACGUUUAAACGAGGCUCUCCUUUGAAACUUAAAUUCCCAAAAGUUAUGAUAGCACAGCUGCAAUCGUCGUGACGAUGGCAAAGACCAACUGAAACUGCGAGCGACUGCGAGUUCUUUCACCGUUAUUAACCAGAUGUAAGCUUUUCUAGUUCCAACCGCGUCCCAACUUUGUACGCAGCCGAAGAUGACCGUAGGCUCCUAUUCCGGUUUUCUAGCGCUUACCCUUUUCCAUUCUGGUUAUCUAUCACCAAGGCAUAUUUGCUAGAAAAUCACAUCCCAUUUUCUCCCAACAUGAUUUCAGCAACAACAAAACAAACGCAGUUUUUUUAAAAAUACUCACAGCAGGUAGACCAUGUUUAACUAAAAGUAACUGAAUUCCAAUGUUUGUGCUUUAGGUGGAAAUGUCGCAUCGGCGAAGCACCAUUCACUGGAUUCUCCGGGAUUCUCACAUGAUUGUAGGAUCGUGGCUCAGACCAUUUAUUUUAAACCUUUAAAGGAAUCUAGUGACCCAGUUCAUCAAGAAAUCUUUAAGCGCACAGGAAAAAACCCGGAGCUUCUAGUUUCCCCAAUCAUAGAUGACCAUAAAUCUCAGUUUUCCAGCGCUUUCCCUUUUCCAAUCUGGUAAAUGCUAAGGCUUUGACAGAAAAUCAUAUCUAUGGUUUUUAUUUUUAACACAUAUUGGAGAAAACAAAUAGAAAAAAAAAUUAAAAACCUCGGAAAGCGGCCAAAUUUUCCCCCCAAAUUACUGCAACAAUAACCGACAACAACAAAAUACGGUAGUUUUUUUUUCUUUUAAAUUAGUAUUACCGGUCAGGACUCAGGAGUCCAAAACCUUUAGAGGUAACUGACGAAGCGAAAAAUUGUCUAGCUAUCGAUGUCUCCCGCAUUCCAUCAGCGAAGUUAUAGCCAAUUUGGGACUGUCAGGAGGCGACUGGCUGGGACCCUACUGUGAUUGUUAUUGAUUUUAUUUCGUUUCUGUCGUCGAGGGUAAAAUGCAGACGCACUUGCCAUCAGUUAAAAAUACUCACAGGCUUCUUAGGCAAUCUCUUCGGCAUUCUACCGUUAAAAAGCAUUCUUGGAUUCAGGUAUUUGAACUUGAUACCUGUAAUUUAUUGAAUCGCCGGUAAUCGCUCAGCUGAACUAGACAAGAUGAGGUUUAUUGCUUUGGAGCUCUUAUUUUUGGUUUUUCUCUUGAUUGUAUUUUGUAAAUGUCAAAAAAUCAACGGUCAUCUUCGCCUCGCUACUUGUUACAAUCCUUUAGGCAAUCUUCCUAAUGUAUCCAUAAACAAAUUAGGCAUGAUUGAAUCUCAACUGAUUGAAAUGCUUGCAGAGUCCUUGAAUUUCACGUACGAAAUUCACGUUACAACGGACGUUCUGCAAUUGGGUUCACCCGACGAAAUCCACGGAAACGGAUCUUGGACUGGAAUUUUGGGCCAACUCGUCCGUGAAGAAGUGGAUAUGACUGCUACUUUCGGUCCCCGGCUAUAUUCAAGAGAUUCGGUUUUCGAUGUCACUGUGCCGAUCAUUUUGGACAAUAUUGCAAUUGUUGUCCCGUAUCCACUGCAAAAUAUUGAUGCCUUUGCAAUUUCCAACGUUUACUCCCCAUCGAUGUGGAUCCUGUAUUCGGCAGCUAACUUUGCCGUUGGAUACGUUGUUUGGAUUGUGAUGUACCUUAAGAAAGGACCUGAGCAAAAGAUAUUAACAUACCAAGACAUUCUCACAAAUGGCGUCGGAAUAGUUUUUGGACAAGGUGGAGAUCUUGCAGGGACGAGACACCGUUCGCUGGCUUCUCGCAUGAUUAUAGGAUCGUGGCUUUUUACUGUGUUGGUGUUUGAUUACGCCUUUACUGGAUCCAUCAUUUCGAUGAUAACUACUCCUAAAUUACAUUUCAUUGUCCAUUCAAUCGGAGAUGUGGUGGCAAACAAAGAUAUCCAACCACUCAUUAUUAACGAGUCCAGUACACACACCGAAUUUAAGGAAUCUAGUGACCCAAUUUAUCAAGAAAUCUAUAAGCGCGUAAGGGAAAACCCGGAGCUUCUAGUUUCACCCUCCAGCGAAUUUGUGGAACUUUUACUAAGCAAGCCAAACCAGGUUUUAAUCAUGUCUGAUCUUUUAGCAGAUUCCGAAAUCGAGAAAGACUUUAGGAGAACCGGAUUUUGCCGAGCGACGAUUCUGCCGGAGAAAGUGAAAUCGAGACAAAACAGCUUGUUCCUUCAAAAGGACAGCCAGUUUACCAAGGCAAUAAACAAUCAGCUUUUGUUGCUGAGGCAAACAGGUUUGUCCAAUUAUUUGGAUGACACCCAUCACAGUUUUGCGUCGAGGUGUUAUAUAGACGAGCGCAAAGUGGAAAACGACAAGCGGAACCGCCGGAUAGCUCCAUUGACUUUGCACGAUCUACGCGGGUUUUUCGGUGCUUUUGGAGGGGCAGUACUCGGUUUUAUAGUGUUUCUUGUUGAAAUCUGCUCUGCCAAAUGUCAGUGUCGUUCUCGUGUGGUAAAAAUUGACUUGUAAAUAGGCUUGUGGGUUGUAUUGUCAAAUAAACGAAUGUAAAAA